AGUACUCUCCUUGCAGCUUCUUCGUCCCCACUCAGUACUGGCCUAGACCUUGUUAACUAGAGCAUUCCUGACUCCAUCCACCGCUCUCCCAGGUACGCUUACAUACGUACACAAUACAGUACAGUAGUUACAUGCCAACUACCUACUGUACGUCCCCUACCGAAUUUCUCUCGACCUGACAAGACCCAUUUACAGAUCGUGAUGUCCAUUGUCCUGUUCCAGCUUGCAUGAUAAGCAUGAGUAGCAAACGGACCCGCGCCGCAUUCGAAGCCGAUUUCCAGGCCCAACAAUCCCCAUACGCGUUUUUUGGUACUCCUCUCCCUCCGCUAGACGCCGCCGCUAGGGACGAUGGAUCCUACGUACCGAUCUGGAAGCAGGAGGUGACGGAUGACCGAGGAAGGAAACGUUUGCAUGGCGCCUUUACCGGUGGAUUUAGUGCCGGGUAUUUCAACACCGUCGGCUCGAAGGAAGGAUGGACCCCCGCAACCUUUGUGUCCUCGCGCCAGAACAGGGCCAAGGAUAAGCCACAGCAGCGACCGGAGGAUUUCAUGGACGAGGAGGAUAUUCGGGAGGCGGAAGAAGCGCGCAAUUUACGUACCACCGAUGGGUUUUCUGGGUUUGGGUCGACGGCUACGGAUUCGGUUCGGAGAGGGGGGCUGAUGGAUAUCUUUAAAACGACGGGGGAAACAAUUGGUGUUAAGCUAAUGAAGAAAAUGGGGUGGAGGGAAGGCCAGGGGAUUGGCCCGAAAGUGAGGAGGAAAGCAGAUCUCGGAGAUGGAGCUAUUCAUACUGGCGAGGCAGCGGGCAAGACGUAUUUGUUUGCGCCGGAGAAUCCCCCGAUGGUUGCUUUUAUACACAAGACUGACUACAAAGGACUUGGAUUCGAAGCGGAGGCCCGUCUUGGGACUCGAAAAGAUGGACCCGAGUCUGAAGAAGAAGAAGAACCAGAUCCGUUUUUUGGGCAGCGGCUGAUAGCUCAACGCAAACCGAAGGCGAAAGCGCAAGGGCCCCGGUCAGGGGCUUUCGGGGUUGGAGUCUUAAAUGACACCGGAUCGGAUGAUGAAGACCCGUACUCACUGGGUCCUCAGAUCUCCUACAACCGGGUUAUUGGAGGGGAUAAGAAAAAGAAAAAGGGAAACCCGGCAGAUGAUCUGAAGGCUAUACUAGGCGCAUCUAAUCCGCUUCUGAGCAACAAACCGGUUUUCAUCCCCAAGAAGACUAUUGCAGCCAAGACUGCCGCAGGAUUUCGCAAAUGUCAUGACGGACGUUUACCUUUGGACGGGUUCCUCCUGACCGAUGGGACCUUAGGUCUUUCACUUUUUUCAGAGAAGAAAUACGCACCUCCCGAGAUCCCCAAAGACUGGAAGUCGAAAAAGACGCCUUCAAAGGAGAGAGACGCAUCGAACUACGUUUCUCCCGCUGAGGCAGCUCGAGCCUCGACCCUGAACCCUAUAUCUAGGGCUGCACUCCUUGGAGAAGAUCAAUUGCCUGCAAAGUCCAUUUUCGACUAUAUGACUCCUGAAGGUCGGGAGAAGAUUGCCAGGCUUACUGGAAGAACAGACCUACCGCCUGCAUUAAACGAGAAAGCCCCCGAAGGCUACAAACUCUCCGAGUCAGAGAAGCGCAAGGAGCUGUGGAAUAUUGUCCCGAAACUGGACAAGCAGCUGGCCGUGCAAGCGCUUACACGGGCAGCUAGCGGAUGGAUGCCGUACUCGGACGACGAAACUAAACGAGCGCGCUACCGAACAUUUCUCGAAAUCCGCGCUGGCCUUCGUGACAGCCUACCCGAGCGGGUCCCCGGGACCAGCACUGACGAAUGGAUCACGGAGCUCCAUGAGUUUACACGUGCAGCAGAGGUUUUCAAGCCUGUAUCCGGGGUAAUGGCAUCACGCUUUACAUCCGCCUCCUCGGGCCCCAAGGGUUCUUCAGACGAGACCGGGUCACCCUCGGAUGCACUCCUCAGUAAAUCUACUGACAAACCUGAGGACCCUGCCGUGGCCGCUGCCAAAAUCGGCAUGUUCGGUCCGAUGACACGCACUACGAUCUCGUUUUACCCCACCCGUUUACUGUGUAAACGGUUCAACAUCAAACCCCCGAGCCAUGUGCAGCUUGACCCGGGUGAGCCCUUGGGUGGGGGGUCAAACGCUCCAUUUUCAUCCUCAUCAUCCUCAUCGGGGGGGCGCUUCCAGUCUGCAGGAUACCAGAGCAAUAUGCGUCCCCGGGAGCUGGUGUCACAAGAUGUCAUGAAUCAGCUUCUCCUCGAGGCCCGUGGGGACGGCCCGCUAGCUUCACCAUCGCUAUCAUCAUCCCGCAGAGACACUAAUCCCACUACUACGAUUAGUGCAGGGUCCCCAGUGCAGGUAGAGAAGCGAGAACCAGUGGCGACUGAGCCUGAGCGCAACGAAGCACUUGAGGGGGAGCGACCGGGCGAAGCGGUAUUUAAGGCGAUUUUUGGGAGCGACGAUGAAGAGCAGGAGGACGAGGAGGAAUAA